UUCUUGCUCUGCUCUGGCUUCGUUUCUUUUACUUCUUCCCUCCUCCCACGCGCGUUGCUUGCCGCUGUUCGUGAGCCGCGCAACAACACCUGCACGCAGCAAUCCUUUGAUAGCUGCCUGUUCAGCGUCCGGAGCUGCCGACUCACAGCGCGGCUUGAGGUUUUUUUUUCUUGUAUGACCUAGAUGGUACACUGAGCAAGGGAAAAAACGACACCCGGGACGGAGCCGGAAAAGAGAACGACGUUCCAGCAAAGAGCGCUUGUAGACCUACGCCCGACUUCAGCCUUGCAUGGUGCACUCCCUCCGCUCGCCGACGACUCCGAGCCUGUAUCGCUCUGGACUAGAGAACCCAACCGCCGUCGCACGAUCCAUGCUGCCUGUCUCGCCUGCAAUCUAGACGUCGAGUUCACGACCUGCUAUCGCCAUCCUGCAAAGCCGCCACAAUGACUGUCAUCGACCAAGUCGCUCACGUCGUCGCCCACGUCGUCGUGAGGGCUGCGACAGAAACUGCUUCUUCGACAACGUCAGACACCACCAGCCCGCAGACUGCUAUUCCCUCCAACACAAAUAACAGCAACAACAACAACAAGGGCGGCGGCUCCAGCUCGCCGCUGCUCUUCUUUGUAGCCCUCGGUUUUGGUGUCGUCUUCACAAACUUGUGGAUCAUCGUCGGUGUCAAGUACUGCUUUAGAUAUAAUGCUCGCAACCGGGCGCGCAUGACCAACGAAGAUGGCGAGCCCAUCACGCUCGAGAACAUGCCUCGCCCUCACCGGAGAAGGCGAGAAAAGAAGCUCAUGACCAUGGACGAGGUCAACGACAAGUUCCCCAUGAUGAAGUACAAGACUUGGGUUUCACAACGUGCUCGAGAAGGCUUGCCCACAUCUGGAGGAGUUGAAGCGCCCAGUCGGCCCAACAGCGUUCACAACGCAGACGGAGCCAUUCCUGACCUUGCUCCGAAAGAACGCGCCUCGGCUGAGGUUCGUGCCCUCGACGAGGCUACACCUGCCACCAAGACCGAACCCGCCAAAGAAACCACCGUAAAGGAAGAUGACGACAAGAAGGACGUUACGGUUGUCGGCGAAACGGCAGAAGACGGACCCGUGAAGCCCCAUGGCAACUUGAAGCGAACAACAACCGAAGAAGAAGAGGAUGAGGAGGACGACGAGGACGACGAACAAAUCACCGCCGCUCUGCCACCGGAACUUCUCAACACAUCUGGCGAUACUUGCGCUAUUUGCAUCGAUACCCUCGAAGACGACGAUGACGUCCGUGGACUGACCUGUGGCCAUACUUUCCACGCAGUGUGUGUCGACCCUUGGUUGACUAGCCGCCGUGCAUGCUGCCCGCUGUGCAAAGCCGAUUACUACGUCCCGAAGCCCAGACCCAACCCUGAAGGCGAUGCCGCCGCCGCUGGCAAUUCCGCCAACCUCGAUCCGCGCCAGAACUCCCGAAUGAACCUGCCCAUGGGUCUAUCAACAGCCUGGUUCCGGUCUUCAAGUAACCGCAACAACAGCAACAGCAAUAGCAACAAUGACAACUCAAGAGCUCCGUCUUCUUUGCUACGGUUCCCCCGGCGACGGGUGCAGGAGGUGGCGCUUGAUGCGACAUCACAAGCUCAACAGGCUCAGACAGCAACCAAUGCUACAGAGACAUCUCAGCCGUCUCCUCCCGUCACCAUGCUUUCGUCUGUCCGACAUGCCAUCCGCUUUGGACGUACAGUCGAGCCGUCACCACGGAUGAACGCGGAGGCAGUGACCCCAGCGCAGCUGGAGGCCGGCACUCGUCCAACAACUACUGCUACAUAAUGCAGCGGAUUGCGCCUUUGCAUUUAUUCUUUUUUUGUUUCAGUUUAACGUCCCCACACGAUCUACUUAUCACGCAACGAUGGUAUUCUCUCUCUUACAACAUAUGUGUUGAGCACACCCGUCACCAGCUCGAAUCGUAUCAUCCACCCGGUUUGGAAUUUAUCUCGCAUUAUGACAGCAUUUCUGAUUUUUCGCCCCCUUUUAUACGUGUAUUUAGCCAUGCCAAGGCGGAUGCACAAACGUCGUCGAAGUGGACUGCAACGUAUAUAUACGCUCAUAAAGGGGCACCCAAGGUAAGACAGUUCUUUAAAAUAUGGUUAGCUAUGGGAAAUAGGACGGCAGGGAAGGGGGCGACGCACGGUUCUUAUGUAUGAAGGAGCCCAUGUACGAAUGGUUUUUUGCUCUCUGCUUUUGGGCCCUACAUUGGGCUGGUUAUUUUUUUUUUCUUAUCCACGGAGCUCCGAGCGUGUCAAAGACGGAGGUGAAAUGGGAC